AUGGCAGGAAACGAGGUAACCUCACUUGAGCACAGUCAUCCUCUAUUUUUUCAAGCAGCAGAUGCACCGGGUCUAGUUUUAGUUCCAAUUAAGCUCACAGGGCCAGAAAAUUAUGCCUUGUGGAGUAGGGCAAUAAAACUAGCACUUAUGGGGAAAGGCAAGCUUGGAUUUGUAGAUGGAACGUGUGUAAAAAGCUCGUAUAUAGGAGAAUUAAUAGCACAAUGGGAAAAAUGUGAUGUGAUUGUACUGUCGUGGAUUGGAAGCACAGUUCCUAAUGAAUUGAUGUCGAAUAUAGUUUUUGCACCUAAUGCUAGGAAAGUAUGGAGUGAUUUUAAGGAGAAAUUUGAUAGAUAUCUAUGGAGUGAAUUGGAUGUGUUGGUACCUCUGCCUUCAUGUGAUUGUGAAGAAUCGAUGCCUUCAUUAGAACACCUGAGAAAUCAGAGACUUUUGCAGUUUCUCAUGGGCCUAAACGAGAGCUACAGCAAUGUAAGAAGCAAUGUUCUUCUCAAAAGACCAGUUGUGACUGUAAAUGAAGCAUAUGCUAUAGUGAGACAGGAAGAGAGACAAAGAACACUAGGUGUAGUUGACACAAAUAGAGAUCCAUUGACUAUGCUUGUAGGAAAAGGACAGGUUUUUAAGCCUAAGAACAAAAAGAAACCUCAGCCAGGAGGAAAUAGAACUUUUGCUAAUGCUGCAAGAACUGAAGAAACAGGAGGGACAUGCACUCAGCCACAAGGCCAUUUCCUCACUGAAGAACAAUAUCAGCAGCUUAUAAGACUUCUGAACAAACAAGGAGGUGAAGAAUGCUCCACAAACAUGACAGGAGGCAAAUAUAUAAAGGAUGUAUUACAUGUGCCAGAUUUCAAGUUUAAUUUGCUGUCAGUAGCAAAACUCACCAGAGACCUCACUUGCACAGUGAAGUUCUUCCCUGAUUUUUGUGUGUUGCUCGGACUCUACAGUGGCAAGGUAUUGGGGAUUGGUAGAGAGUUUGAUGGUCUAUACAUACUAAGGGAAUAUGCACAAGCAGCAGGCAUAAUAGUAGGAGCAGUAAUAAAAGAAGAGCAAACACAGUUUCGGCACUACAGACUAGGACAUGCAUCCUGGAACUCUAUACAACAUAUCUCAUCUCUACAAGACAAGAUAUGUGUAGGGAAAUCAAGAAAUAGUAGUAUUUGUCCUCUAGCUAAACAAAGUAGAUUGCAGUUUCCUAACAGUGUAAGCAAGUCUAAGAAUUUUAUUGCAAGAAUAAAGACACAGUUUGACACUAGAAUCAAGACCCUGAGAUCAGAUUAUGGCACAGAAUUCUUUAAUGCCAAAUGUAAUGAAUUACUGGCUGAAAAUGGGAUUAUACAUGAAAGUAGUUGCCCAUAUACUCCUCAACAAAAUGGCAUAGUUGAGAGAAAACAUAGGCAUAUUCUAGAUGUUACUAGGGCACUGAAGUUUCACAAUGGAAUACCUUUGAAGUUCUGGGGUGAUUGUGUUAGGACUGUUGUAUACUUAAUCAAUAGACUCCCAACACCAGUGUUACAAGGCAGGACACCCUAUGCAAUGCUCUAUGGGAAAUCAGCUAACCUAGAUCAUUUGAGAGUGUUUGGAUGUCAAAGCUUUGCUUGUAAUCUUCCUAAAGGAGACAAAUUUACUCCCAGAGCAGGGAGAGCAGUGUUUGCUGGAUAUUUUGAGACACAAAAAGGUUAUAGACUAUAUGAUCUUGAUACUCAUACAAUCUUUGUUAGCAAGGAUGCCAAAUUUCAGGAACUCUGUGAGCAUGUUUUUUAUCUCAAUCCACCUCCUCCAACUACUCUACCAUAUACACCAUCUACCUCACAAGAUGAGGAAGCCAACUCUACACCUAUCCUGACAGAUCCUGAAAUAGCAUCAGACCUCCAUGCUUUUGAGACUAUUGCUAUUAAUGAAGGCCAAAAUGAUCUUUCCCGGGUGGAGGAAUCAGCUUCCCAAAAUGACAUGUUGAUCACUUCACCUUCAUCCACUGACAUACCUUCACCUGUUACAACUGUUGAAAAUACCAAACCUCACAGACAAAUCAAGCAACCACUCUGGCUCAAGGAUUAUGUCACCACUAAACUACCAGGCAAACAUCUAUAUCCCAUGUCCAAUCAUCUAUCUUACAAUCAACUUUCAGCUGCAUAUCAGACAUAUCUUCAAGCUUUUUCUGCUUCAGUGGAGCCUACAUCAUACAAAGAAGCAGCAACAGACCAAGACUGGGUACUUGCUAUGCAAUAG